CCGCCUUCAAAACUCUCAAAACAGCGCCCCACUCAGGCUCACAACUCUCUCUCAUUCUGUCUUCCAGUGGCGCACAUAUAAAUACCCGAAUAAACCUCAAACCGCCGUUUCUCUCCGAUUACAUAAGAAAAAAUGGCAAAAGGAGACGAUGUAAGAGCAAAAAAGAAAAUGAAAGCACAAAGAAAGAAACUCAACGCUUCUUCUUCUUCAGUAUCCGCUCGUGUAGCUUCCAUUAUCGCCGCUAAGAAACGCCGUCUCUCCGGUAAACGUAGUAUGUGCCAGGGAAUGUGUUUCGGCCUUCCUACACUAGAGGAUCCAUUUUGCGAUCGAAAUGGUAAAGCGGAAUUUAAAGAUGCGAAAAAGAUUAAUAAAAGAGAAUCUAGCAAGGAAAAGAAGGGUUUGGUGAAUAAAGAUACUAUUAACAGGGAAAAUGGAGAGAUAAAUAACACGAAACAGAAAAGCAAGAAGCCUGUGAAUUUGAGAACUCAGAUGAAAAGUUCAGUUACUUCCAGUGGUGUUUUAGGGCAGAAUGAAGCGACCGACCUUGAAAACAAAAAGGUUCAUCUAAACAGGAAAGGUUGUAAUCAGAAAAAGCAGGCGAGCGAGUACUCAGAUUGUCCAUCCAAAUUUUUUGUGCUUUGCUUAAAUGCGAUAGAGAAAUCGUUGCGCCAGGAUAUUACUUAUAGUAAUGAUGAGAAACCUCUAUUUGUUAACCCUUGGGGAGUUGAAUUUUUGAAAUUUUUUUCAAUGGGAAAAGACAUACUGGAAACAAGUGGAACUUGUACUUUUGAGCAAGUUGCUUGGAUUAUUUCUAUUGCUGCUGAUGCUAUUGCAAGAAAAGAAAAGGAAGGUCUAUCGUUUUCGAGUCCAUUUCUUCUUUUCCUUGUACCAUCUCAAGAAAAAGCUGCCAAGGUGCGUUUAGUGUGCAAGCCUUUGAAAGAUCUUGGCGUUCACACAGUGAGUUUACAUCCUGGUGCCUCUUUGGAUCACCAGAUACGUGGUCUAAAGAGUUGUGAACCUGAGUUUCUCGUGUCCACACCUGAGAGACUUAUGGAACUUGUUUCUUUGAAAGCCAUCGACAUAUCUCGAGUUUCCUUUUUGGUUGUUGAUGGACUGGAUUCUCUUCAUCAGGAUGGUUUCUUUGAUGCUUUAAAAUCCAUUAGGCAAUCUAUUUGGGGAAAUCCUCGGACUAUAGUUUUCAACAACAACUUUAACUAUGCUUCAGUACCAUCUGUGCAAAAUCUUUUCGUGGGAUCAAUCUCUAGAUUGUCUCUCAAUGAUUCUAUUUGCAGUCAAAGUGCAUGCAUUCUGCAAACAGUAAAAGUGUGCUCUUCGGAAGAAGAAAAGCUUUCAAAGGGAAUGCAAGUUUUGAACGGUGCUUAUGACGAUCAGCUUUCCUCCCAAUAUUUGAAGGUGCUAUUCAUAGUUGAAAACGAAAACAAGUCUAAGUUGAUUAAGGUCCUCAAAAGCAACAAUUACUCUGAUGUGACCGACGCCAAUUCUGAUAUUUCAGAUAUCAACACUAGCAUUGAUUCUAGUUGCGAAAUGAAACCAGCUGUCUCUGUGAUAAAUGAAGAGCACAUUAGCACUGCUGAUUUAUCUGUCUUCGAGAUUGUAAUUUUAGCAGAUUUUGUUCAUUCAACCGAAAGUUAUGUACAAAUUCUGACAAAAAUGGCGCGGAACACUGUCCAUGGCGUUUUGCAUAGCUUUAUAACUGAAGAAGAUGCGUUGCUAGCGGAACCACUGAUUGAAAUCCUUGAGCAAUGUGAGCAGGAAGUGCCUGAAGCUCUUAGAACCUUGCAUGAUAGAUCAUCCAUGUCGGAAUGAAGUUUUUUCAUUUUAAAAUUUUGAUUAAUUACUGCCAUAUUUUCUUCAUCCAAGCUGUCUUUACCAGGGAAAGGUAAAUGCUUACGCCUCUUGCAAAUAGUUUGGGCUGUAAGAUGACUGGCAUUUACUCUUUAGUGAUUCCGAAGAAAAUAUAAGAUGAGAUCCAGAAGUAAAGGAAGUUGUAACGGAUGAUGUAGCAAACCAGAAUUCGCCAAUAUAGGUGAUGAAAUUCAUUGUUUUUCAGUUUCUUUAGUCUGUUAGUUAACAGUUUUCCAUAUGUUCUCAAAUUUUGACUGGUGUAUGUAAAAUUGCAAAAUCUAUAUUUCUUUAGAACCUGAGAAAUUUUGGCA